CAGAUUAGCAUCUAGUUUGGAAAACGUACGUUAAUGGCUGCUCAAGGUUUUUCCCUCGCACGACUAGAAAGAGGGCAUGCUAGCACGGGCGCUGCUAUUGUGGUCUGCCAGUUUCAAUCCUCAUCAGAGCUCAGAACCACAGCAAUGGCUGCGCUGAGGCUGUGCUCGUGCUUCUGGCUCCUCCUCUGUGUACACGUCCGCCAUGCGACCGCAGUCUCGUUCGACCACGUCUACUUCAGCUCCGGCGAUUUCAGGGCGGAGGAUGACGCGAAGAUCAUCGACGGCAGGAUUGACCUCCUCGGCGACAAGAACUUUGCCGGCUGUCGAGCAAGGGGCCGCGCUCUGUACAAGCCGGCGGUGCAGCUCUGGGAGGGCGCCACGGGCGAGGUGGCCAGCUUCACCGCCACCUUCAACUUCACCAUCCAGUCUCUGCCUCUGGAUGGCCGGAGAGCCCCCCCUGGGCACGGCAUGGCGUUCUUCAUCGCGCCGUACAUGCCCGAAAUGCCGCAGGAGUCCUACGAGGGCUGCCUUGGGCUCUUCGACGAGACGGCGAACCUGACGAACGCAUCCGGCAGCGCCCGCUUCGUCGCCGUCGAGUUCGACACCCACCGUGACCCGUGGGACCCCAGCAGCCGGCACAUCGGCAUAGACGUGAACAACAUCGACUCACGCGGCAACUUCAGGAUCUUGCCAGACACCAGCCUCGUCGACGCCGGCGUGAUGUCUUCGACGGUGAAGUACGACAGCGCCACGACGAGGCUGGACGUCUUCCUCAGCGUCGGUGGCACCACUUACAAACUGUCCGCCACCAUCGACUUGCGAAGCUUGCUGCCAGACCAGGUCUCCAUAGGCUUCUCGGCGGCCACCGGCGCAGCGUUCGGCAGCAAUCACACGGUGCUCUCGUGCUCCUUCCAGUCCACGCUCCCGACAAGGAACGGCACGGCUCCCCCGUCUACCUGGUCAACCAAACUCAGUGCCGGGGUUGCCGCCGCAGCCUUCCUGGUGCUCCUGCUCGGGGUCGCCGUCGCGGUGCUGCUCCGGCGUGCAAGCAGGAGAAACAGGCAGCCAGACGACAAGGACAUGCUCGCCGGCGACAUGACUCCAGACUCCCUCGACAUCGACGACGAUGAGUUCGGUUCCAGCGCGGGACCGCGGCCCAUCCCGUACGCCAACCUGGCGGCGGCGACGAGGAACUUCGCGGAGGAAGGGAAGCUGGGGCAGGGCGGCUCCGGGUCGGUGUACCGCGGUCACAUGAAAGAGCUCGGCGGCCGCGACGUCGCCAUCAAGGUGUUCUCGCGAGGGGCGUCCUCGGAGGGGAGGAAGGAGUACAGGUCGGAGGUCACCAUCAUCAGCAGACUGCGCCACCGGGAUCUUGUGCAGCUCAUCGGCUGGUGCCAUUGCCGCCGGCGGCUGCUGCUGGUCUACGAGCUCGUGCACAACGGCAGCCUCGAUGGGUACCUCUACAGCAAACAAGAUGUUCUGACAUGGCAAGUUAGAUACCAGAUAAUUCUUGGGUUGGCGUCAGCCGUGCUGUACCUUCACCAAGAAUGGGAUCAAUGCGUUGUCCACGGUGACAUUAAGCCGAGCAACAUCAUGCUGGAUGAGUCCUUCAACACCAAGCUAGGCGAUUUUGGCCUAUCGCGGCUCAUCGACCACGGCAUGAGCUUGCAGACAAUGUCCGGCAUGGCGGGCACCCCGGGCUACCUCGACCCGGAGUGCGUCAUCACCGGCAAGGCAUCCACCGAGUCCGACAUGUACAGCUUUGGCGUCACCCUGCUGGAGAUCGUGUGUGGGCGGCGGCCGAUGGCGCCGCCGAGAGACGGUGCCAAGGACGGCCAGGUGUUUCGACUGCUGGAGUGGGCGUGGGACCUCUACGGCAGGGGCGCCGCCAUCGACGCCGCUGACGAGCGUCUUGGCGGCGUGUUCGACCGGUGGGAAGUGGAGAGGGUGGUGGCCGUCGGGCUGUGGGCCGCGCACCCCGACCCCAAGAUGAGGCCGGCGAUCAGGCAGGCCGCCGAGGCGCUGCAGUCAAGGAAGUUCAGGAUGCCGGUGCUGCCGCCCAAGAUGCCGGUAGCUGUGUACCUGCAGCCUUUCGCAGCUUCCACCAUGGAGUACAGCGACACCACCACCACUGUCGGGUCGUCAACCGGCCGUACAACGACGACGCAAUCUUCAAAUACUAGCAUGCCAGCGGCUGUCAGCGAGGAGUUGGUUUGAACCCCAGUAUAGGGUGAGUAGUACACCUCAGAAUUCCGAUUGUGGUGGACAAAGAAGAAAAGUUCCGGUCGACAAAAUUUGCACUGUCGAGUAAUAUAGGGAUCAAUGAGUCCUAUACUCCUAUCGCUUGCAACACAUGGAUAUUUUGGAUUAAUAGGUGAAUGAAGCUGAAAACACAUAGAUCUACUAUAUUUGAUUUGAUUAUUAAAUAGUUGUAUAAUAUUUGUUAAA